CAGCCAGUGCAUGAGAUAAAGGUGAGCUGCAGUGGGUGUCAGUUCUAUCUCAACGUCCUGGCUUUGCGGAUCCCAAGGUCGCAGGUUACUUCCAGUCGUCGGGCAAAAAACAACUGUGACUGGAUAUCUUGACCUUUUGAAGAUGAGGCCCAUCUUCAUAUCCGGAUUCUCGGACACUCUGGAUUGGAGGCCCCUGUACUUCGAAGAGUCCUCCGCUGCACACAAUGCAUGCUCCCUGUGUGGCCUGGUGUCGAGAAAUGUUCUCAGAUUGCCCUGUGAGCACACGCUCUGCUUGGAAUGUCACGAGGAGUCCCAGAGGCGAGGUAGUACUUGUCCACUGGAUGAAGAACCCUUUGACGAUGAUAACAUUGUUCACCUUGACAUCUCAGGAGGUUAUAUGCUGAAGCGUACGGUAGCCUGCGUCAAUGCACCCAAUGGUUGCGACUUCAUCGGUCAAGCUUCCAGACUCGUGGAUCACUACAAGCAGUGCUCGUUUCACGUCGUGCCUUGCCCCAGGUGCCAAUCACCAGUGCUAAGGACUGAGCUCGUGGGUCACUGUAAAGGCGGCUGCAGUUCUGCGUCCACUACACCCGUGCCCAUUCCGUAUUAUAUAAACGUGAAUUAUGAUCAUUUAGAAAUUACAAGCAGUGAACUGAAAAGAGAGAUGUUCAAGAUAUCCGAAAAUCUCUCUUUUCUUCAAACCAGCCUGAACCAGUGGCUUGAGGAAGUCCGAACAUUGGACAACAACACAAGCAAGGAACUGAAGGACGCAACGCUCAAGAUCUCUGACCAUCUCUCCGGUCUGAACAGCUCUCUGGAACAGUCCCGGGAAGAUGGGAGGGAAGCAGCCAGAAACACCAAAGAGCAGUUGGAAUCUCAAUCGUCGAGACUUUCCGAGCAGUUGGACCGAAUCGAAACUAAAAGUUUUGCUGCAGCAAACAAAGAACUAAAAGCUGCCAUUGAAGACACAAUGAAGACACACGUGGCUCAGGAAUUACGUGCACAAAGCGAAGAACUCAUGAAUGGUCUAUCCGAGUACGUACUUAGAUAUUGCGGACCCAUGAAAUUUCACUGGUACUUUCAAGGCUGGGAAGACUUAAAAAAGAGUGCAUUAGACGCACCGAAUAACGCUUUCAGCCCCUUACAGUAUGUAUUUGGCUAUAAUGUGGGCAUCUUUAUCAGGCUGAGAAAAGAGGAGGGGCAGAUGACAUUAGGGCUGUAUAUGCGUAUUCAUCCAGGCGUCAACGAUUCAAAGCUGGAAUGGCCCUUCAGCAAGACUUACACGCUCGGUGUCAUUCAUCCCAAAGACAAAGCGAAAAGAAAAAUUCAUCAAGUCGAUACAAGUAAACAUUUGGACGAGGCGAGCCUCCAGAUGCCAAAACAAGGCGGUAAUCUUGGUUUGGGAAAAAUGAAUUUGAGUACCGCUAACGUGCUCGAAGCGGAAGGGUUUGUUAAUGACGAUGCACUUCACUGUUUUCUCCAAGUUGAGCCGUACUGUUGUUUUUUUUCGAUAGAUUAAUAAUUUAAUAUCGAGAGGAGCAGAAAAUGUUCUACUGCCUGGAACAAACCGCUUACCUGAUCCCAUUAAAUAUAAAACGGAUGCAACAACUCUUUCUCCUCAACCUCAAAAAAAAAAAAUAAUAAUAAUUGCGUCCCGAGUACGCGACACACCCCUUUCGGUGUAUUUACCUGCAGGAAACCUAAAGUUCAUCUGUACGCACUGUAACUAACACUGAUCGUCUCACUGCAGCUACGACUGUAAUAUAAAAGAUGGAACUUCUCUUUACGACAGGCCGCCACAGCAAGCCCGCAUCCAAACGCAGGCGCAGCGUCUCUCUUAAUGUAUAUUGUAUAUAAGCAUAAAACUCCGCUCUAAUUUAGAUUUUUUAAACUCUGCACUUUCCCUAGUGAGGGCGAGGAAUGCCGCAACUGCCUAAUUACGAUGUAAAUAUUUAAAUCUAUAUUAAACUGGUCAAAAAUCUACGGCAUGCACCAAUUCAACGGACUGCUACUUUUGCGGGCAACAAGUCUCGCAUGGAACAUUGCGCUGCCUACGUCAUAUGUAUUAUGAGAUUCGUGUUUUUUUGUUUUAUACUGAGCUCGGUACUUCAUUAAAUGACACCUUUGUGAGUGCGUUGGGUGGCGGAUA